GUGGGAGGGUGAAGCGAAAGCCAAACCAACGUCGAAUUUGAGGUUGUGUUCUCGGUGCAAGUAUUUCUUUUAAAAGCAAAAAAUAAUACUUUUAUUACAAACAAAUUAUCUGUCAUGGAGUCAGAGACAGAGACCCUCAAGAACUCGGCGAAUCGCUUAAAGAGUAUUCUGCCCAUAUCUACUUGCCGCCUCUGCCUUUUUCAAAAUAAAGACAAUAUUGAAAUUGUGGGCUCCUCCAAAAAAUCGACAGACUUGAUUGAUAAAAUAUCAAAACACCUUUCUAUCAUGGUGUCUGCGGCAGAUGAGAGUUCAAUAUGGAUUUGCAAAUUUUGUAAAGAAACAGUUGAGUCUUUUGACAGGUUUUCUUGCACCGUGUUUCAAAUUCAAGAACAUCUUAAGAGCUUACUAACAACUGAUGAGGAUGAAAUGAGUACUCCCAUUGUAUUAGAUGCAGAUCUAAUUGAGUCAACCUUGGGCUUUAAAAGAGGGAAAAAAGUACAUUCAAAAAAAUCUGUUACACCAUCCACCAGAAGCCGAGUUGCAAAACACAAGAAUGUGAAAGCAAGCAAAAUAGAGAUAGACUCUCAAUGUAAAGAAUCAGAUGCAAAUCAUAUAAACGAUUGUAAGAGGAAUGAUACAGUCCCAAUCAAAAAUGUAAAUGAUGUAACUGAAAGUAGUGACACUAUUAUUAUAAAAACUGAGACUACUGAAGAGUCAGCUGUAUCAGAUACAGGAAUUAAUCCUACUCCAAAUACUCUUUGUAAGGAUGAUGAUUCAAGUUCACUAGAGGACCAGGACUGGGUUGGUCAAGGAUUCAAUUUUGAUAUAGAUUCUGAUGAUGAUCACACAUGGAAGCCACCACAGUCUGUACGUAGUUCUAAGGCAAUCAAAAGAAAGAAUACAAAUUCAGAAACUAACAAAGCUGUUGAUGAUCUGUUAGAGAACAGUAGCUUCUUUGAAAAUGAAAACAGUGCUCUUGAGCCCGAUAAAAGAAAAGCAAAAAUUCGUAUUACUGCCACCCACGGGACAGAACCCAAACCAAAAACGCCUCCAGGUCUCCGUAAAAUGUUAAGAUUAGAGAUGCAUACUAAAUUUGUUGAAUUCUAUGGCAUUACCUGUGAUUUGUGUGUGAAGAAAUAUCGUGAGAAUGCUUUGCCAGAGGAGCCACUUAAAUAUCAGUCAUUUGAUGAUCUAAGUGAACACAUGCAAAAGGAGCACAAUGAGCGUGGCUAUGUUAAAUGCUGCAACUCCACUAUGCGAGAUAGGAAACGCGCUGAAAGGCAUAUGCUUCUUCACACUCAGCCAGGAUCUAUUUUCAAGUGUAAUAUAUGUGGCAAACAACUGUCAUCUCAUCAAAGUUUUAGGAGUCACAUUUUAUUGCAUUUGCCAGAUUCAGAGCGUCCAUAUCAGUGUAAUCAGUGUGAAAGAGGAUUUGUUACUAAAUCAGAUCUAUCAAACCAUGAACGUCAGCAUUUGCCUGAUGAUCAAAGAUACUCUCUCACUUGUGAUAUUUGUGGUAGCAGGUUUUGUUAUGAUGCUGCUUUAGCAUUGCAUAAACAACGAGUGCAUGAAAAUUAUCGUCCUCAUCUUUGUGAUCUUUGUCCCAAAAGUUUCAAAAGUCGAUCUGACUUGGAUCGCCAUAAAGAGCAGAUUCAUGGAAAUGUGAAGCGUGUACAAUGCCUGGAGUGUGGGAAAUGGUUCAAAGGUCCAUCAAUUUUGAAGACGCACAUGCGGCAGCACAAAGGUCAGAUAUUCAAAUGUCAAUUCUGUGACAAGACUUAUUCAGUUCGUUCCUCCUGGAAAGCACAUCUUGUGAACCAUUCGGAUGAAAAGCCACACAAAUGUCCAGUUUGUGAAAAGUCUUUCAAGCUUCCAGGAACAUUAAAAAUGCAUCUUAAUCAGCACACUGGUGAACUUCCCUAUGCUUGCCAAUUCUGCCCAAAACGGUUUGCAAGCUCUGGUAACUACUACACCCAUCGGAAAAGAAUGCAUCAAGAACAACUAGCUCAAAUCAAAGAAGCAACAGAAGUUGCCCUUGCCAGUGGCCUCCCUCCGCCUGCCUCUUUACCACCUGCACGUACUGAGAGUAUAUCUGAAGCAAUUGCGCGCACCAAAGUAGCAGUUGCUGCCAAAGAAAAAGAUGUGUCUGUUGUUUCCAAUGUAAAUGCUACGCCGAAUGUAACUGAAACAAGCCCCACUACAAUUCCAUUGGAUGUCACACCCUCAUCAAUAAUAAGUAGUACCACUUCCACAAACUUAAUUGGUGUAACUGGGUCACCAACAAUUGUCAGAGGUCAAGUUGCUAGUGGUGGUGUAAUACUUAAUCAGAAUCAGUUGGGUAAGAUGAACUUUAGCACCGCUAUGCCACUUGCUGUAAAUUCUCUGAAUUCAGGGAAUACCCCAAUUCAUAUAAUUCCCGGCUUAAAGAAUGUUAUUGCUCCUGGUCUUAAAAUCUUGCGCAUAGUGUCACCUGAUGGAGCAUCAAAGCUAGUGUUUGUGAAGCAUGAUCAAAUACAAACAGGCAAUGCACAGUUAGAGAAAGUAAUGGAGGCUAAUCCUCAAAAUCAAGAGCUGUGUGCUGAUUCAUUACCUGAAAAUGUUGAGCCUGGUUCAGUUAAAUGAAUAUGUAUGUUAUCUUUUUUUUAAAAAGGAAAGGAAACAAUGUUGCAAGCCAAGCAAGUGCUUAGAGAUAAUUUUAAUGUAAUGUGUCAGUGUCACUGAUAAUUAUCAAUACCAAUACCUGUAACUGUUUCAUCUACAACUGUUUUGAGGGUACCUCUUGUCAAUGUUACAGUUAGCUGGAUGACUUAAACUUUUAAAACUUGUGUAUUUCUUUAUCCUAAUACAAUUUUUUGUUCAAAUAAAAGAGAAUGGAUGGAAA